AAAUAAUUGCCUUCGACAAAAAGUUGUUAAACGAUAACUUUGAGCCGGAUCCAAAACUCGAAGCGAAAGAAGAUAAUCUGCGGUUUUGCUCUGCACAAGAUUUAAGCCCUUGUAUCUUUUUGGAUGACUUUUACGGAAGACAGUGCUAA